GUCGCUCGUCGACAACUCUCAUGUCUGCUGCCGCAGCCAACAAGAAACGCAAAAGAGGAGCCGAGGAUGUUGACAAGGCUAGUCUAGUGUUCAGCACGCAGCCUGCAAGCCAAGUCGGACCUGUACUAGCCAGCUUCCCCUCGCUAGAGCCACCCAAGUCCACUGCCUUCAAGUGCUACGUCCAGAAAGGAGCGGACAAAAAUGCGCCAUUCGAGACGCAGUCUACCAUCGUUGCGGGAGAGGCGGAGACCGUGGAGUUCUUCACCGCAGACGGCCCGUUGACGUCAACCGGUUGCAGCUAUAUGAUCGGUGUUCAUGACAAGCGCACGAACACCACGACCUUGCGCCCUGUACCCCUUCAUGUCCUCACGAGGCAGGUGAAGGCGCUCAAGAACCUGCGGCCGAUCGAAGUCUCGACGGAGGAGCGUAUGGCCCAACGUAACACCCUCGGGGAGGCGUUCGGUACCAAAAAGGCGAAGGCGCAAAUUCGCGCUCGCGAGCGGAACAGGGUGGACAUCGACGCGAUGAAGAAUGUCACGGGUCACCUACAGGACACGAUCAUGCAAAACACCGAAACUCUUCCCACAGCCGACGAGGCGAAGGCCACAGCAGAUAGCAGUCGUCUCAUUCCUCCAUAUAACGCCGAUGCGCUGAGUGCGAAGGACGUUUACGCCCUGCACGACAUCAUCCCGGAGGUUGAGUUCAACGCACUCCCGAUCUCCGCGUUCAAGUCCGCCAAGUCCGACCGGGAUCGGAUAGCACUGUUGCCCUUCAACCGGUCCGACUGGCUAAAGCUGCAGCUCAAGCUCAUCUACAGCGCGCCCAAAGCCAACAAAACCGACCUGAAAAUCGUCUACUAUAUUUCGACUAUGAUGGCUUUCAACAAAAGCUCGCGAAGUGUCGGCGACAAGGACGCUUUGCAGCAGCGCCUACCUGGUGUCCCCCCAAUCGUACUUGAUGGCCUCAUCUCCAGGUUCACAGAGAUCGAGCGGAGUACGAAUAAGCCCAAAAUGACACCCCAGACCGAGACAAUGCUGCUAGCAUACAUGCUCUCCUUGUGUCUGCAGGUGGAAGACUACGCGGCGGACGUAGACACCAUCGCCCAUGACUUGAGCAUGGCACCCACGAAAGUGAGCGGUCUGUUCAAGUCUCUCGGCUGCGUCAUCAAGAAGCUCGGACCCAACGAGCUCAAGGAACGCGGCUUGCCGGACAGCGCAGCGGAGACCAAGCGGGCCGUCCUCAAGGUGCCACUGGAGUUCCCGAAGAACAGGGUCAAGCGCGCGCGGAAUUGAUUGGUCGUGCGGGCGUUGCGAUAUCCUUGGCCAUGUCUCUACCUCUCGCGUUGAUGCAUCCACUUUCAGCUGCGACUAUUGGUCCGACGUCGGCGAUAGUUUAUAGCGCGCCACUAUCGCAUGCGCCCGUAGUAUCGCAACAUGACCACCUCUAGUAUGGCAUGCAGCUCCUGAGUACUCACUUUGCGU